AUGCCUUCUCAAGUCUUCUCUCUGGUUGCAGCGUUUGGCCUUUGUGGUCAAGUAAUGUCUCAGCUUUACCCCAACUCGACAACUCCUAACUCUGGGACUGUGAAGAUUCAGUGGCUCGACGAGAAGCCUGCUUAUAGUCCUGGAACAACCUUCGGAGUACCAUGGCCCCGAGGGAAAUAUCAGGCUAACGACACAAUCUUUUCGGUCGUCUCUAACGGUGAUCACGUUGCCACAGAAUCUUGGAUUACUGGAUAUUGGUCAGACUCGUCUGUCAAGUGGACUGCUCAUGCUAUUGCAGCCAGCGCCCUCGAAAACGAUUAUACUGUCAACGCAGUAUCGAAGAAUUCAACAGCUGUUCCUUCCGAAACAAGCAGCUUAGAGGUUACUGAUAGCUUAGAUACUAUCAAGGUCGACACUGGCAAGAUCACCGCGACUUUCUCCAAGACUGGCAAUAUACUUGUCCAAGAGUUGAAGACUUCAAGUGGACAAGUAGUUGGGCAGAAUGGAAAACUUAUUCUUCGGUCUCAGUCGUCCGUUUUCGACGACGAAGAUAAGCAGGGUCAACCUGCCGUUCAAUACUUCAACUUUGAGAGCAAGAUUGACAAUGUCACCGUUUCCAAGAAUAACAUCGCCCGUACUUUGGUCUCCGUGCAUGGCGACCACCGACAAAUCAAUGGUGGAAACUCAACUACCUCGACACACAAAGACUGGCUUCCAUUCGUGGUCCGUUUCUACCUCUAUGCCAACUCGGAGUCUAUCAAAAUUGUCCAUUCUUUAAUCUACGAUGGCGUUCCCGAGACUGACUUCGUACGCGGUAUUGGUCUUCGGUUCGAUGUUCCCCUUGCUGACGAAUUCUAUGAUCGACACAUCCGAAUUGCUGGCGUCGAUGGUGGCAUCCUCAACGAAGCUGUUCAAGGUAUCACUGGUCUCAGAAGGGACCCCGGACAGGCCGUACGUACAGCACAGUAUGAAGGAAAGAAGACUCCUGCACUUGACACUUGGGACACAAGGGUCUCUUCCAGAUUGCAAUGGAUUCCUACCUGGAACGAUUACAGUUUGACUCAGCUCUCAUCCGAUGGAUUCACCUUGAAGAAGAGGACCAAGGCUGGUCAAUCCUGGGUCAACAUACCUGGCAGUACACGUGCUGGUGGACUAGCCUACCUUGGUGGUGCCACCAAGGGCGGCCUUGCUUUUGGUCUGAGGAACUUCUGGAAGCAGUAUCCGUCCCAGAUCGACAUUUCCAAUGCCGCUACAGAUGUUGGUGCAAUCACAUUAUGGCUCUACAGCCCUGCCGCUCAACCUCUUGACACGAGACCUUUUCAUGACGGGCUGGGUGAAGAAGAUUAUGCUGACCAGCUUGACGCUCUCGAGAUAACUUACGAGGACUGGGAGGGAGGUUACGACUCGCCCUAUGGUGUAGCAAAGACUAGUGAACUGUUCCUUUUUGGCUUUGACAGCACGCCCGAGUCCGAAACUCUCGCCAAUUUGACCCAGUACAUUAACUCUCCACCUGUUCUCAUCGCUGAUCGCGACCACAUUGCACAAUCGGAAGCUCUCGGAACCUAUUGGCAACGUCCUGAGAAUAGUAGUGCAUCGGCUCAGACUAUCGAAGACCACUUGAACUUCCUCACACAAUUCUACCAAGGUCAAGUCUCUCAACGCAAAUGGUAUGGUUUCUGGGACCAUGGAGAUGUCAUGCAUACCUAUGAUGUUGAUCGCCAUGAAUGGCGCUACGAUGUAGGAGGUUAUGCUUGGGACAACUCCGAGCUAUCCCCCAACCUCUUUUUCUGGAAUCAGUUCCUUCGUACUGGGCAAGCUGAUCUUUAUCGCUUUGCUGAGGCUCAUACCAGACAUACUGGCGAGACCGACGUCUACCAUCUUGGGCCAUGGAAGGGCUUGGGUACUAGACACGGUGUGAACCAUUGGUCAGACUCGUCUAAGCAGAUUCGUAUCUCGCAGCCACAAUACCGUAAGGUCUUCUACUACUUGACCGGUGGCGAUGAGAGAGUGGGCGAUCUUCUUACCGAGAUCCUCGAUGCCGAGAAAGCGUUCCUGGUCGUUGAUCCUAGAAGAAAGGUUCGAGCAGCCAACAUCACCUACGUCGCUGACCCAGAAGCCCUCCUCAUCGACGUCGGCCUAGACUGGUCGGGCCAAGCAGCAGCCUGGCUAAUCGAAUACGAAUGCCGCGGCCCUCGCUGGCAAGAAGCAAAAUCCAAACUUCUCGAAACUAUGAAAGGUAUCGCAAACCUCAAAAAUGGUUUCGUCACCGGAGAAGCAUUGUACAACCUCUACAACGGCACCAUCGUCCCUCCUUCACAAGAUCCUGACAACAAAGGCGUGGUCGGUGUUUCUCAUCUCACCGCGGUAUUCGGUCUUGUAGAAGUCAUCGCAGAACUCACUACCCACUUUGGUGAUGACUUCCCUGCUGAUUUCGAAAAGGCUUGGUUGGAUUAUUGCUACUACUUUGGUGCUUCGCAAGAGGAACAGCUGGCGCGUUAUGGCAAGGCGUUUGGUAAAUUGAACCUCCAUCAGGGACAUUCGCGAUUGACCGCAUACGCUGCAAAACAUUCGGGCAAUGUCACUCUGGCUGCACGUGCCUGGAAUGAAUUCUACAACACCGAUGGGUUUAGCCCUGAUGCACCUUGGAAGAGUGAGAGGAUUGAUGGAAGCAAGGUGCUUUCCCCCGUUGAUGAGGCGGCUUGGGUUAGCACCAACGAUGUUGGACAAUAUGGAUUGGCUGCGAUUGAGAAUCUGGCACUCAUCGGAGGAUAUCUUCCUUGA